UCUAUCAGGUCCAUCGCCAACAUGCAGAUCGUCAAUGCAGAUAUCAUACCUGAUGGCUUCAACAGAGGCACCGUCCUCGCAGGUGGGACGUUCCCUGGACCACUCGUCAAAGGAAAUAUGGGAAACAGGUUCAAGAUCAACAUCAUCGAUCAAUUGACAGAUGACAUGAUGUUAAGAAGCACUAAUAUC